UCAUUUCACUUUUGUUCUUAUAUAUACAGGUUUCCUAAUCAUAGCCUUCUCACCACAAAAAUAAAAAAAACAUAGCAUUCUUGAAACUUUUCAUAAUGAGAACUCUAGCAAAACAGUUAGUGUCAAUUGUGUUACUUCUUGUUCUUUUAAUUGAAAUAGAGGGAGAUCUGAUUUCAACAAUUCCGAAAGACAACGCGAACAAAAAUUUCACCAACACCAGUGUUGAAGUUGAGGCGGCUAGUGAGGAUCAAGAAUCACCUAACUGUGCUACACAACCAUCGAUAUGUGACACAGAAGAACCUCCUCCAAGACGUGUAUGUUGUAGAAACCGGUGUGUUGAUGUUUCUUUUGAUGCAGACAAUUGUGGGGUGUGUGGAAUUGCUUGCCCAAGGUUUGGUAGUUGGCAUUGUUGUUGGGGUGUGUGUGUAAACAUAAACUUUAACCCUUUUAACUGUGGUGCUUGUGGAAGGCCAUGUCGUCUUGCAACUCCAUGCAUUUGGGGUAGGUGUCUUUUUACAACACCAGAACCGCCAGCACUUCUCUCCGCAGGGUCUCCUGAGGAGAACUCACCAAAGAUCCCUAAUCAUUAGUAUGAUCAAUAUCCUAAACACCCUCACCCAAUAUUGCGAGUGGGCUUAUUUAUUAUUUUAUAUCAUAAGA